GUGGAAAGAAAAGAUUUUGUUUCAGUUUUCUUCUUUGAAAAGGUGAAAAAGGAGCCUAAAAGUACUUUUGGUGGUUUUUGAUGUCAUAAUAGGUGGUUUUGCUCUUUGAACUCUGAACUACCAUUCUCUUUGCUCUCUCUCUCUCUCUCUCUCUCUCUCUCAUCUCUCACGCACCAACCCAUGUAGCAUCUCUGAGAGUUGAAACAUUCCUUCCGGUACCUCACACAGUCGCAUUCUUUCUCUCAAGUCUCUCUGCCUGGUCCAAUCUUUCCCAAUAGAAACAACCUCAACUACACUAUCACUAUGGCACUUCUCUCUUUUUUUGGCAAACCCCAUUAGAGCAAAACCACAGAGCAUCAAAGCUUUCUGACUUCUUCCUUCAUUCUUCUCUGCAAAGCCCUCCAAUCUCAGAAGAAAAAACAACACACCCAUUUACCCAAACCUUAUUCUACUUCUUUUCAACCUUCACACUUUAGAGAGACACAAACUUCUACUCUUCAUCCAUCACUCCAAUGAGCUCACUCAGAAACUCUUAUCAUCUUCAAAGCAGCUAAAAACACAACCUUUUGAAACCAACCCACAAUGCCAAUCAUUCUACUACUACAACUACUAUUUGCCAUCCACUUCUCCACCGCCGCUGUGUCCUUCCCUUUCAACCACCACCACCACCGGCGGCAACUCCUCCACCAGCCCUUCUUCCCGACAGACUCCCUCAUCCCUCCAACGCAAUCUCCAACUUGGUCUCCCUCUCCCCAACCCCAACCCCAACAACAACCGAAGCUUCCGUUUUCUUCCUCAUCUUCAUCAUCUUCUUCAAGUCCACCACAAUCACAAAGGCCCUUCUUCCCCUCCUACCACUCCCCACCUCCGCCGCCUUCCCCCACCGCCCUCACCUCCUUUCCGGCCAACAUCUCCUCCCUUUUCUUCCCCCAAACCUCCUCAUCCCACCCCCACCGCCGCCACCGUCUCGCCCUCGCCGUCUCCGCUUCCCUCCUCUCCGCCGCCCUCAUUGCCGCCUUCGCCGCCGCAUUCCUCUACCAUCGCCGCCGCAAAAACCGUACUUCCGCCGAAGAUGACCUCGACAAGGCCACCUCCGCCUCCAGAUCGGACAGCCUCCGGCUGUUCCCGCCCAACACCGCCACCUCCGACGGCGGCGGUCACAAGUCGCGCGGCGGAACGCCCAACCACAGCUCGGAGUUUCUCUACCUCGGAACCCUUGUCAACUCCAGAGGAGGAGGCCCUGACCACCGAGAAACCGCUGCGGCGGCAGCGAAUUCGAGCAAUGCAGGUCUAAAGAUUGGCGUUUCCGCCGCAUCUCCGUACCGGAAACUUGGCUCGCCUGAGUUAAAGCCGCUUCCGCCGCUUCCCAAGCACAACUUUAGAAGGACUUACAAGAAUGGUUCCGACGAUGAUGAGGAGGACGACGAGGAGUUCUUCUCGCCGAGAGGCUCUGCUGCGGAUACCAGUAGCCCCGGCCGUGUAGGAUCGAGCUCCCGGAGGGAAGCUCAGAGCUUGAAGGUCGAUAACUUUGGAAGCUUAAGAAGCUUCAAUUCCAGAACGACGUCUUACCCCUGCUCGAAAUCCCCUUCUCCUUCUCUGACGACAACUACUUCGCCGGCGAGCUUGAAAUCGGGGUCGCCGGAUUCCGUCGUCAACUUCAUGGCACCUAUUCUUCAUCCGUCUCGACCUCCUCCGUCGCCGUCCUUGUCGUCGUCGUCGUCUUCGCGGUCGGAAAGAGGUUCAUCGCCGAAAAAUCAAUCUCCAGAGAAGCAAUCUGUCGCGGUGAAGCUACCACCGCCACCUCCGCCGCCUCCUCCGGCGAGGUUUUGGGAAUUGGCGGCGGAUACGAGGAGGCCAAGCUCGGAGGGGCCUCCGGUUCUGGUAACGCCUUGGAGAGCGUUUCAGAGUAGCGAAACUGUUUCGAAAGAAAGGCAAGAAGAAGAAGGAGAAGAGCAUAAUGUUUUGGAAAGGAAUGAGGAGGAGAAUCCGAAUAAGACAAAGCUGAAGCUGAAGCCUUUGCAUUGGGACAAAGUCAGGGCCAGCUCCGACCGGGCAAUGGUCUGGGAUCACCUUAAAUCAAGCUCUUUUCAAUUGAAUGAGGAAAUGAUUGAGACACUGUUUACUGCAAAUAAUAACGUCAAUAUGGUGAUGAUGGGUAAAGAUAAUGGUCGCCGUCAGGUAAUGCCGUCGCUGGUGCAGGAGAAUCGAGUGCUUGAUCCAAAGAAGUCUCAAAACAUUGCUAUUCUGUUGAGAGCACUUAAUGUCACCAUUGAUGAAGUCUGUGAAGCCCUUUUGGAAGGCAAUUCGGAUGCAUUGGGGACGGAGCUUCUUGAAAGUCUACUAAAGAUGGCUCCAACCAAGGAAGAAGAACUGAAACUCAGAGAGUACAAAGAUGAAUCGCCGUUUAAGCUAGGUCCAGCUGAGAAAUUUCUCAAGGCAGUGCUUGAUAUCCCUUUCGCAUUUAAGAGGGUCGACGCAUUGCUUUACAUUGCCAAUUUUGAUUCAGAAGUCGACUACCUUAAGAGGUCCUUCGACACACUCAAGGUAGCGUGUGGAGAAUUGAAGAACAGUAGGAUGUUCAUGAAGCUUCUUGAGGCAGUGCUCAAAACUGGGAACCGCAUGAAUGUCGGCACCAACCGAGGCGAUGCCCAUGCCUUCAAGCUUGACACCCUUCUCAAGCUUGUUGACAUCAAGGGCACAGAUGGGAAAACCACUCUCUUGCAUUUUGUUGUACAGGAAAUCAUUAGAGCCGAAGGUUUGCGUCUUUCUGGCACCAAUCAGAAAGCAAGUGCCAAGAAAAGCGACCAGUCUUCUUACUGGGAUGAUGUCGAAUUUAGGAAACUCGGCCUGCAAGUUGUUUCAGGGUUGAGUGGGGAGCUCAGCAAUGUAAAGAAAGCUGCCGCCAUGGAUUCAGAUGUGCUCAGCAAUGAGGUUGCUAAGCUCGCCGGUGGAAUUUCAAAAGUAGCUGAAGUUUUGAAAUCGAAUGAAGAAGUCGCGUUCAAGGAGAGCAGCAACCAGAAAUUCUCGGAGGCUAUGAAUGGAUUCUUGAAGAAGGCAGCACAAGAGAUCGAGAAGCUUCAGACACAAGAGAAAGGUGCCUUGUCUCUAGUAAAGGAAAUAACAGAAUAUUUUCAUGGGAACUCGGCAAAGGAAGAAGCUCGCCCGAUCCGAAUAUUCAUGGUGGUGAGGGACUUCCUCUCUAUUCUGGAUCAGGUAUGCAAGGACGUUGGGAAAGUAAAUGAGAGAAGCAUAGUUGGUUUGGGGUUGGCACGCCAAUUUCCGACAGCUACAAAUCCUACUAUCGCACCAGUUUUCUUCCCCGGACUCCAUGGAAAGCAGCAGCAGUAUGGAUCUUCAGAUGAUGAAAGCUCCUCUUCAUCAUACAGUGCUUGAGUUGGUCAGAAAAAAGCUAUCUAUUACUAUAUACAAUCAACGCAUAUGCAUAUAUGACAGCAUAUUAGAACUCUACAUAGUACUGUGGGACGCAAUGUCAUAUAUUUUUGGUCAUGCGACUCUUUUGUUAGUGACAUACAUGUGGUAAUGCAUCGCUUAAUGCUCUUUGGUGGAUGGUGAAAGGUGGAGCUUUUUUCUAUGGCUUUCUGCGGAAUCUCGUUGGGAUUAAUAUGCUGGUCAAUGCUGGGUGGUUGGAGCAGCUAUGCUGAGAGCUGACUUUUAUAUGUUUAUUACCCAUUUUUCCUUUUCUGGGUGAUCUUUAUUGUAAUUAAAUAUUACAUAUAUAUAUUAUAGUACCAAUAUUUUGUUAAUCUUGUAUAAUAUUAGAGGAAAUUCUGUUUGACGAUAAUAAGUACUAUUAGAUUUUGCCAAGAUUGCAGGAUUGAUCUUCAGAUUGUUGCACCACAUUUUGUGUCAG